GCUCACCCAGAUUAAUUCAGCCACCCAGACUUUGUCCUUCCAAACAAACCAGAAGGUGAUCGUUCCCAUCAACUGUUCUUGUUCCGGUCUUUCUACUUGUCAAUCUAUCAUGAACCAAAACAACAUCUCUGCUACGGGCCUAAAUCAUGGCCAAACGAUUACUAUACCCCUUCUAUGUGCUUGUCCUACCAAAAAUCAAAGUGUUGCUGGCAUCAAAUAUCUACUCACUUGCAUAAACAUUACGGAUGAUUAUGUUUACAUUAUAAGUUAUCAGUUUGGAACUACUGAUACGGAGGCCCCUGCAGCUAAUACCAUAUUACGAAUUCUUUUGUCCUUCCACAAUUUCUCUGCAAUUGCUAUGCCCAGAGGGGAUUUUAAUAAGAUCAGAUGGAUCAGAGUUGUCUUAGAGGCAAUCUCCCAGAGGUCCACUUUCAAUAAGAGCUUCGAGCUCUGAUUCUGAUUCCCAUCAGAAUCAUUAUCGUCGACCUAUUGCUGAUCGGAGCCCAAAGUUGAGAGUUUCAGAAAGCCGAUCUCCGAGAGAAUCUCAUCCUGAUUCAUUGCAGAAGAAGCUGGGAACCCGCAUUUCCGACUGCGGCCUCCACCAUCUUCAUCACUUUCAUCAGCCGGGAACCUGAAAUGAGAGAGAACAAAGAACACCUCCUUCCUUAUAACGCUGAGUUGCAGGGUUCCUCUUGAUUUGAGGAUAUUAUUUGCAGAGAGGGGAUGGAAGUAAAAAUGUCAUUUGGCAUAUAACUCUAUCAAUGUUAACACUAUAAGGGACAUAUGUAAUUUUAAAUUUCACA